CUUCCGCUCUGGCUGCGUCCCCUGCCCCUUCCGCACAGUUUACAGCCGCACCUUCCUAGGGCUCUAGCGAAGCAAAUGAGCGCGGUGAAACCAACUGCAGACCUGGGAUUCAAAGAAAGAGGAAUAACAGCCGCAGGCCUCCGGCAGCUAUAGUCAAGCUUUGCCAGUAACUAGGAAAAUGAAAGCGAAAGAGAAGUUCAAAGAGAACUGAGAAGAACCCACAGGCCAAGCCAGGGGUGUCCUGAGAGCGCUCUCCUCCAGCCCAGGCCGGUCCCCAGCAGCAGGGGGUGGCCGUGGGCACAGCAGCCGCCCAGGAGAGAGAGCAGCCCCAUGGGCGCGGAGCGGGGCUGGCGGCUGCUGCUGUACGUGGCUGUGGCUGUGGCUGUGGCUGUGGCUGUGGCUGGGUCCGGAGCGGCGGGAACCGAGUCCCAGGUGGCAGACAGACAGCUGCGGGCAGUGGAUGUGAUCUUAGAAUGCGUCCUGGUAAUAGAAGCUGAGCACCCCAGGGCUUUUGCCAGUGAUGUGAACAGGAAGAAGGCCUUGCUGGUGCUGAAGCAGGUGCCAGUGCUGGACGAUGGUUCUCUGGAAGGCUUCACUGACUUCCAACAGGACACAGUGGCGAAGGAUGACUCACUUGUUGUCUUUGAGGCCUCAGUGAACGGGGUAGAGAUUCCGCAGGCUGCAGCCCUGCUCCACGCUGACUGCAGUGGGAAGGUGGUGAACUGUGAGAUCUCCCAAUACUUUUUCCAGACCAGACCCGAAGCCAUUUGGUUCAUGGCCAAUGUGCAGGUAUCCAAACAGGGACCCAGUGUCUCCAUGGUGAUGAAGACCGUCAGGGAUGCAGACGAAGGGGCUGUCCAGCAGCUCACACUGAACUUGCUCCUGAGCCUCCAGAGGACUGUGCGGACCACAGUGGAGUUCCAGGUGACAACAGUGUCCCAAUCCCUGAAUUUCCUACUGGGCUCUUCAGCUUCCCUGGACUGUGUCUUCUCGAUGGCACCAGGCCUGGACCUCCUCAGCGUGGACUGGCGGCUGCAGCACCAGGGCAGUGGCCAGCUAGUAUACAAAUGGAAAACAGGGCAGGGGCAGGCCAAGCGGGAGGGAGCCAGCCUACAGCCCGAGCAGCUACUCAGGGCAGGGGACGCCUCCCUCACCCUGCCCAGCCUCAGUCUGAAGGAUGAGGGUACCUACAUUUGCCAGAUUACUACCUCUCUGUACCAAGCUCAGCAAAACAUCCAGCUCAACAUCCAAGCUUCCCCCAAGGUAGAGCUGAGCUUGGCAGACAGUGCCCCACUGCCCACCCUCACCUGCAAAGUCACUGGCUAUUAUCCUCUGGAUGUGGUGGUCACAUGGAUCCGAGAAGAGGAGAGCAGAGCCCCAGUCCAAGUCUCUGGUGCCUCCUUCUCCAGCCUCAGGCAAAGCAUGGCAGGCACCUACAGCAUUUCCUCCUACCUGAUUGCAGACCCCGGCCCGACAGGUGCCACUUACACCUGCCAGGUUACCCACAUCUCCCUGGAGCAGCCGCUCACAGUCAGCACCAGGAUUGUACCAAAUGCAGAGUGGGAAAUGGUCAUCGGAGUCCUCCUUGCCAGCUGCAUCUUCCUGCUUGCACUGUUGUUCCUGUGGCUUCAGAGACGGCAAGCUUCUUCAACAAAGUUUUUCAAGACCCUGAAGCAUUCGGAGUAGCCACUCUCCAGGCUCAGCAUGACCUUGUUCUCCAGCAUCACCACAGCACAGCUGGGAAGGCCUUCAGGAGGUGCCAGAACUGAGGGCGGGCCCUGGCCCUGAGCAGGCUCCAUCUUUCUGCACUGUGUGCCUUGGGCCACUGAUCAAGGCAGAGAAGGGGAAGAGGUGAGGGGCAACAGGAAGCCAGAACAUCUGGGUGGAGCUGACAUUAAAGGGCCACAUCUGAGGUAGGUGGUAGGAAAAAAGAACUAAAAGAAGCAGAGGAAAAGGUGAAGGACAGCAGGCCCAGGCGGGGACAGGGCCAGCCCUCACAAACAGAACUGUGUCAAAAUAAAAGCUCCUUGAGUCUACUGAGGCAAA